AUGUCCAUCAUCUCAAAGCUCAAGGGUGCCAAAAAGGCCGCGGACGACCACAAAGCAAAAACAGAACAGGAACCAAAGCCUACCACUGCUACUGCUCCUUACAAACAUGUUCCUACUCAUGCCGCUACCGAUGCCAUGACCAGCUCACCUGGAGGUUGGAAAGCUGAAGAGAUUGCAUACCAGAACAAAGCUCGUCUCAGCAGAAUUGGCAGCGACUAUUCCACCCGCCCAUCUACUUCUUACACUUCCACAUCACGAUCCAACAGCAGACCAGGAUUCAACAGAGCCAACAGUGAUUCUUCCUUGGACUUCACAUCACCCUCCCCAAAUUUCUCAAUGCCUGUCAGAUCAACAGGCUCGUCCUUGAGGUCGGCUGCACUUUCGCGCAACACUAGCUACCAAGGUCUCGAAAAAGUUAUGGAGUCCAAUGAUCGUGAUCAGGAGCCGGUAUUCGCAGCCGCAUUAUUGGCCAACAGAUCCAAAGCAUCACGCUCUCCUCGUGGUUCCACCCGAAGCUCGCUAGGCAAGAGCCCCUUGUCUAGUGUUGAAUCAUCGGCCGAUUCUUCGCCUGCAGAGAGUGAGAACAAUUCUCCUACUGGUUCAAGCAGUGGUCAAAUCGAACUCAGAUCACCGGCGGUCGCCUAUGCAUCCGCUCUCGAGAUUCAUCCUGGACAUAGAGUCAAUCAAAUGCCCGUAGAGAAGUCACAGCCUGAGCGCAAGUACUUCGGACACAACAAGCCACCCAUGUCUGAAACCAAGGAGGCUUCUGCGCCAGCACCUGUCGUGGUUAAGAAGGAAAGGUUCUCAUUCUUGAAGCGAGGCAACAGUUCUGUUGCUGCUCAUUGA